ACCUCCUGCUGGCUUGGCCAGAUGUCAGUCCCCUCUUAGCUUCCUGAAACCCAAUCAUUUGGCCUCCAGUCUUCUAUAAAAGACCCUCAAAGUCCCAGCUACUGGCACCCCCAUCUCUCAGGAAUUCAGGCUGCAACAGCACCCCCCCCCCGCCCAAUUCUCCUUACCCUGCCUACAAGAUCCAGGCUCCCUGUUCUUCUCUGGCUCCCACUGCCUAAGGCCCCGGGCAUCUGGCCUGCCUACUUCUGAGAAGGCACCCCCCAGGAUCUGAAGACUGAAGUCAAGGAUGCGGCCCUACUGCAUGCUCGCCCUGCUCUCCGGGAGCCUCGCUCUGGUUCUCCUGCUGGUGGCACUGAGUACAGAUAAUUGGAUUGCCUCAGUCGGCCAUAACAACCAGGCUCACUCUGGCCUCUGGCAUCUAGAACAGGAAUCUGUGAAAGAUUUUAUCUGGGCCACCCGAGUCUUCACCAUCCUGGCUGCCCUGGCUGGUUUGCUGUCCAUCUCCUGCCUGAUCGUCUUCAUCAUUCCAUCCCUCAGUAACUCCAGCUUCAGCCACCUGGCCUCUUUGAUUUUUUGCAUCACAGCCUUUGUCGCAGUCCUCUGCAGCACGGUGGGAAUGGCUGUUUACACUGGAGAGCGAUGGAGAGAGUCUGGUCAUUCUCAGAUUCAAACCUUCUUUGCCUGGUCCUUUUACAUGGGAUGGACUUCUGUCCUUCUCUUCCUUUUCACUGGGGUCCUCAGCCUUGGGGUGCACCAGGGCACUCCUCGUCCCAACUAUGAGACCUUCUCAGCCUGAGAAUCUCAUCAGUGCUCUAUUCAUUGAAUAAAUCAAAAAUUGCC